CUUGUAUAUAAUGUCCUCGUUAUUCUCGAGACAACCUUAUUAUGAAGAAAGAUCAGAAAGAAUAAUUUCAUUCUCUCUGGCUCUAUUCUCAUUCUUCCAGCGUUUACUUUGUUGACCGAAAUUUGUACUGCACCAAAGACUCGACAGAAAAAAAAAUCCCACCCCUAUGCCUAUAUCAUACAUCCCUGACCACAGCAAUAAGCAAUAAACCCUCUUUCUUCAAGAACAUUAGAACAACACCACCACCACCAACAACAACAACAAAGCUCUCUCUUUCUCUCUCUCUCCCUUUCUCUUUCUCUUCAUCCCUCCACACGUUUGUAUAUGUUUAUAGGACAAACAUGCAACAAUACUUCCACUAACAAAAAUAAAAAUAAAAAUCAUCAAUUUCCUCAAAAAACAAAAUUUUUUCAGAAAUAGUUUCUGAGUGCUCCUUCCAUCAUCAUCAACGACUUCCUUGUUUUUUCUCCUUCUUUUUUUGUUUUUGUUUUUUGCAGUUGUUGGAUAUUAAUCAACGUUUGAAUGAUAUUUAUUGUGAACUAAUGGAAGGAGAAAGAUCAUCUUCUUCAGGGUUGCCAGCUUAUCAUCAUCAUCAUCACCUUCAUUUCUCUUCAUUCUCACCGGUGGCGGCUCCUCAUCCUCAUCAUCAUGCUAAUAAUAAUAAUAAUACUGCAGAAAUGGGUUUUAUUCAGUUUGAAGAUCAGCACCACAAUCAUCAUCAGGUUUUGAGCUUCUUAUCUCCUUCUUCUUCUCAAGCUUGCCAGAAUAUUUCUCAUCCUCCUCCUCCUCCUCUUGACGGCCACCACCUUGUCCCUCCUCCUCCGACCACCGCCACCGCCGCCACCACUAGUGCCACCACCGCCACCACCACCACCAACAACAAAGAUCAUCACAUGGGUUCUUUAGGGUUUAGCCACAAUGAACUUAUUACCAACAAUAUUAAUACACCUUCUUCAUGGAAUAAUAAUACCACUGACUUGCAGGUUGGUGAUCUGGAUCCCAAGACAGUUGUUCAUGACCAAAGUUGCAGUGGUAAUAAUAAUGCAAUCGAGGCCACCAAUUCAUGGUGGCGGAAUUCCGGGAGUUCAGACAAAGGUAAGGUGAAGAUUAGAAGAAAGCUAAGAGAGCCCAGAUUCUGUUUUCAGACAAGGAGUGAUGUCGAUGUACUUGAUGAUGGUUAUAAAUGGAGGAAAUAUGGUCAAAAAGUCGUCAAGAACAGCCUUCAUCCAAGAAGUUACUACAGGUGCACACAUAAUAAUUGUAGGGUGAAGAAAAGAGUGGAAAGAUUAUCGGAGGAUUGUAGAAUGGUGAUCACCACCUAUGAAGGUCGACACAACCACUCUCCCUGCGACGAUUCCAACUCCUCCGAACAUGAAUGCUUUACUUCCUUCUAAUUUCUCUUUACUUUUCCUUCUAUUAAUUUAUUACUGUUAAAAAAAAAAAAAAAACUAGUGAGUUUUGCUUAGUUCCUAGUAUUGUUCGUGGGUUUUGUUGUUAGUAUUUUUUAAGGCUCCAGUAAAUAUAGCUAGCUAGGUCAAGACCACGAUUAUGGAAAUUAAUUAAUUAAUUAGUUUUCAGUUUUAUAAUAGACCAUCCACAAUUCAAACUUUAAAUGGUUAGGAAGGUCUGACGGAAUGACAAGUUAUUAUCAUAUAAAAUCUGGAAUUCAAAUAUAUUUAUUUUAGUUUAAUAUAAAUCUUACCACCAUUGCUGGGUUAGCAGAUUCAUAAAAGUCUAGUUAUUAUUAUCUUAUUGACAUGACAAGUUUGAUAUGUAAAAAGUGAGACCGAAAAUCUUAGCGGAAAUGUGUUGUGAGUUACGAACUUUAGUUUCAAGGAUCAAAUAUGUAGAACUUUUUUGUGCCAUAUAAUUCAUUUUUGACUAAAUGUUUCAAGAGGAAGUAAUAAAAGAUGAUGAUUUCUUGAAGUUGAAGAUUCAGGGAAACUAGGGCAAGGGAUGGUACAUAUACGUACCAUCACUAAUAAUCAUCAUGUUAUUUUUGACUCAUUAGAUGUCAUUAUUAAAUAAUCAUCUCCUAAACACAUGAACUAAAUAAAGUAAGAAACCUAUCUAUUUUUCACCAUUAUAAUCUCUUGCAAAGUACAUC